AUGGCAAACAUAGAAAUGCAUGCGUUCCAUAAUCAAAUGCAGCCUCUCGUUGACAGUAUAGCUCCUGACAUGGCAGAGGAAAAAGUUGACACAGCUCAUGGUAAAGUCAAAGUAAGCAUCUAUGGUGAUAAAAAAAAAAUGCCUCUGAUUACCUUUCACGAUCUCGGGCUUGACUCUGAGAGUAAUUUCCAAAACUUUUUUCAAUUUGUUUCAAUUGCUGAGUUCACCGAGAAGUUCUGUAUUUACAACAUCAAUGCUCCUGGCCAGGAGGUUGAUGCUCAAGCCCUGCCUGAAAACUAUGUUUAUCCAUCUAUGGAGGGAUUGGCUAAGAUUGUUGAAUCUGUAGUGGAUCAUUACAAGCUCAAUACUUUUAUUGCUUUUGGUGUUGGUUUGGGAGCGAAUGUGCUGCUCAGAUACACACUGGCCAACCAGAACAGAGUUAAUGCACUCAUCCUAGUUAACUGCACAAACAGUCAAGCCGGUUGGGUUGAAUGGGGCUAUCAAAAGAUCAAUCUACGAUACUUACGAUCAACUGGUAUGACUAACUUUACCGUGGAUUACUUGAUGUGGCAUCAUUUUGGUCGUCGUCUUGAUGAAUGCAGCACGGAUAUUGUUCGCCAAUACAAAGUUUAUUUCCAACAUUUACCGAACCCAGUCAAUCUGGCUUCUCUCAUCGAAUGUUAUUUGAAUCGCUCUACGAUUGUUAUGUCUCGUGAUGGAACUUCAGGGCCUCAGCUCAAAGUUCCUGUGUUACAAAUUGUUGGAGCAGGCAGUGCUUUUGUUAAUGAAACAGUUGAAGUAAACACAGGUCUGGACCCCUCUCGAGCUGAUUGGAUUAAAAUCUCAGAUUCUUGCGGAUUAGUAUUGGACGACAGACCAGAAGCGGUAACUGAGAGUAUGAUGUUAUUCUUACAAGGACUGGGUUAUUUCCCCACUAUGAAUGUGGUCAAAUUAAUGAAGAAAAUCCAGGAAACUCAAACAGGAUCAUACGCAGCCGUAACAGAAAAUCUCAAUGAAUGCUAA